AUGAUACGAUUGAGAAAGAUUUCCCUGGUCAACGACAUCCGCAAGAAUCGUACUCCACUUUAUUAUUGGUCACUUGCUACUGGAUUCAUUACAACUGCAUCUCUGGUUACUUUAAGUUAUUUUGUUUAUUCGUAUCGUAUCAAGAAACGAACGAAAGAAGCGAUUGAGAAAGGUGAAACCGAACGUAUUGUUUCUCCACAAGGUUUAAGCAGUCAAGAAAUCCAAAAGGCACUUGAUUUGUUUGAAAAACAACGUGUUCACGAUCAGAUUCAAAUCGACAAUUUCGAGCGUUACAAACGUUUACGAAAACAACGUCGUGAACAAGAAGUUAAAUCAAUUUUAAGUAAACGUCAAAAGAAUCUUCACGAACAACAACAAACAUUCAUCCAAAAAAAUAUUGAUGAGAAUAGCAAAAGAAAUAAUUAUCUUGUUGAUAAAUUCAUUGUGAAAAAGCCAACAAAUUCAUCGAAGGAAAAUAUUCCGAAGCCAACAGUACCAAAACUUCGUUCACCGAAAAAGAAAACUCCUCUUGAAAUUGACGAUGAUGAUGACGACUUUAUUUCGACUAAAAAACGUUUGAAAGUGGCCAUACAACCAGUUCCCAUGAAAGUCGAUCCAAUUAAAGAAUGUCUCGAAGGAAUCAUCUCGAAAAUUGAGCAAAACGAUGCCACAUGUCCUAUUUGUAACCAAAUCUUAACCAACUUAUCGGCCAUCGAUCAACGAGAACAACAUGUCAAUCGAUGUUUGGAAGAAUCACAGAUGAACAAUAUCGAAGCGAAACAACAGAAAAGUUUAUUAUCCUAUCCGAAAUUUUCUAUGACGAGUCGAAAACCGUCGUCAACAUCAUCGUCGAAUUUCAAAUGUCAAAUUUGUGGAACGACAUUCAAUGUCAAACGUACUUACUUAUCUCAUUUGAAGAAAUGUUCCAAUCAAAACAGUGUUCAACUCAAACAUAUCGUCAAUUUUGCGGCAAAUGUAGAAACUACGGAAAAGAAGAAGGCACCAGCGCAAAUUCGAAAUCGGAUAAUCAAAAUGGAAGUACCGGUGACGGAGGAUGAUGAACAACAACAAUUGGCUAUUGCCCUGUCAGCUUCGAUUAAAACGGCAACAGAACCUCCCAAUGCUUUUGAUAUCCUUCAAGCUGCAUCGAAGAAACUGAAAACUAUUGAUUUAUCAACAACACCCUUGUGGAAUGUUUCCAUCGAAGAUAAACUCAAACUCUCUUCUACUCGUUUAUCAAAUAUUUGUGAACGACUAAUUUCAAUCGAUUCAUCAAGUAUCAAUUCAUAUCAAUUUUCUCCGAGUUCCCUUCUUUCUUUAUCUCAAAGUCAGUUUGGUGCAGUCGAUUGGUGGAAUAUCACUACUACAAAUCCUCAAGAUGAUGAAAUCCCAAUGACUCAAUUAGCACGUAUACUUGAUGAGAAUAGCGAUGAAUCAUUGAUAUAG